CUGCCCUCUUCGGGGAACACGGGAACGCGCAGUAAUCUUAGACAACUUAAUCCAGAUAUUUUAAUCAAAUCCACAAAUUCGUUUGAAGAACCAAAUUAGCCAGAGAUCAGUUAUCAGGAUUAGAAGAUCUGGCAUAUUUCAAAUCAUCUCAGAUGUAUUAAGCGAGGGGGAACAAAAACAACGACGGACCAGAUUUCCGUGGUCAGAUGAGAACAGCUUGGUGGUUCUUUCUUUGCAGUUACGUAAGGAUGACUGUCACUUUUUCCUAGUCGCCUUAACUAACAAGCUUUGUUAGACAUCAGUACGAUGUGAAUGGCUUCUGCUGGAGCGCGUUUAGCGCGGCUUUAUAUAUCAUGUUCUGGUGUUAUUUUGCGUAGAUCGCUAUCUCAUGCUGGGAUGGACGACAUGGGCAUAAACACAAGCCGCUCUUGUCUUGAGCGACUGGAGUUUGACAAUGUUGCUCUUAAAAAGCUUCCACUGGACCCAUCCACCGAACCAGGGGUCCGACAAGUCCGGGGGGCCUGCUUCUCUAGAGUCCAACCCACCCCUCUGAAGAACCCAAAGUUUGUGGCUGUCUCAGGUCCAGCUCUGGCACUGCUGGGUCUUGAUGCUGAUGAGGUUCUGGAAGAUCCACUGGGCCCAGAGUAUCUCAGUGGUUCUAAAGUGAUGCCAGGAUCAGAGGCUGCUGCCCAUUGCUACUGUGGACACCAGUUUGGACAGUUUGCAGGACAGCUUGGGGAUGGAGCUGCGUGUUAUCUGGGAGAAGUGAAAGCCCCGGUGGAUCAGAGCCCUGAGUUACUGCAUGAGAAUCCCACUGGACGCUGGGAGAUCCAGGUGAAGGGUGCUGGACUGACACCAUACUCUAGGCAGGCAGAUGGGCGAAAGGUUUUGCGGUCCAGCAUACGUGAGUUCCUCUGCAGCGAAGCAGUUUUUGCCUUGGGAGUCCCGACCACGAGAGCUGGAUUGGUAGUGACGUCAGAUUCACGAGUCAUGAGGGAUAUCUACUAUGAUGGCAAUCCACGCAUGGAAAGAUGCUCUGUGGUCUUGCGCAUUGCUCCCAGCUUUAUAAGGUUUGGAUCAUUUGAGAUCUUCAAACGAGCUGAUGAGUUCACUGGCCGCCAAGGUCCCAGCUAUGGCCACGAUGAGAUCAGAACCCAAAUGCUGGAUUAUGUCAUUGAGACCUUCUACCCAGAGAUCCAUCAGAAUCACUCCGACCGCAUUGAGAGGAAUACUGCUUUCUUCAGAGAGGUGACACUACGAACAGCGAGGCUGGUGGCUCAGUGGCAGUGUGUGGGUUUCUGUCAUGGAGUCCUCAAUACUGACAACAUGAGCAUCUUGGGCCUGACUUUGGACUAUGGGCCUUUCGGCUUCAUGGACCGUUUUGACCCAGAUUUCAUCUGUAAUGCCUCCGAUACUUCAGGGCGGUAUUCUUACCAAGCCCAGCCAGCCAUCUGCCGCUGGAAUUUAGCUCGGCUCGCUGAAGCCCUGGUACCUGAUCUACCUCCGGACAGGGCCGAGCAGGUGCUGGAUGAGUAUCUGCCUCUUUACAAUGGCUUCUAUCUGAGCAACAUGAGGAAGAAACUGGGUCUGCUGAGGAUGGAGGAACCAGAGGACGAGAUGCUCAUCACAGAACUUAUGCAGACCAUGCAUAACACUGGCGCAGAUUUUACCAACACUUUCCGCAGCUUGAGUCAGAUUUCCUGCCCAACACAGCAGGAGGGGGAAGAUGAAAGUGAGGCUAUAAAACAAGCCGCAGAGCUUCUCCUGCAGCAGUGUGCCUCUCUAGAGGAGCUCAAAGCUGCAAACAGACCCACCAUGGAUCCACGUGAACUUGCAAUGCUACUGUCCAUGGCUCAGAGUAACCCUGCACUGUUCCAGAUGAUUUCGGACAGGAAGACGGUCGCCCGGCAGCUGGAAAGGCUCUCAAGGUUGAAGGAGCUGAUGGACACCACUGCAGAACAACUGAGCGCCAAACAGACUGAAGACUGGUCCCGCUGGAUCAAAAAAUACAGGCAGCGGCUUGCUCGUGAGUCUGAGUCAGGGGUUGAUGUGACAGAUCUGCAGAAGGAGAGAGUACAUGUGAUGAACAACAACAACCCAUAUGUGGUACUCAGAAACUACAUCGCCCAGAAUGCAAUAGAGGCAGCUGAAAAUGGUGACUUCUCAGAGGUCCAGAGAGUUCUGAAAGUGUUGGAAAAGCCGUUCUCUGUGCAGGAAGGUCUUGAAAAGCCAGGCUGGGUGGGAAGAGGAGGAGUGGCGGAUUCAGGAGAAAGAGAUGAGACCGGAGAAGAAGGGAAUACUUCAGGAGCAGAGGCUCGAGUACUUGUCCCAUAUGACAGCAAGCCCCCCAUAUGGGCCAAUGAGAUCUGUGUCACCUGAUCAUCAUAAAACCUUCAUGACAACUAACCUGCUCAUUUAAGUGGAAUAAUCCUGCAGAAGCUGGUUAGGUGUCAGUGAAGGUAUUAAAUGAGGCAUUAAACUCCUGUCCACCAGUUAAAAACAUGCAGUAAGAUAAUGUGUUGUGGGCUAAAUGAAAAUCCAGCAGGUUUAUCGCUGUAUAUUUGACUGGUUGCAAAUGAUGACUUAGACCACCAGUCUAACCAUGACCGGUCUCAAGUCUGAAAGAUGGAAGUUAUGCCUUUAUAUAAAAUGACUGUUACUUUCAAGUGAAACGCACAAGCCCUUGAUCAACCAAGCUCCAAAGCCUAAACGCACAAACAGAUGUAAUCGUUUACCUAAAGGUUCUCACUUUAAAUCAUGUAGUUAUAAGUACGUAGAAUUGAUUUAACACAUAAUCCAUGUGUAGCUGAAAUAGUCUAUUAAUCAGCAACUACAUUUACUUGUAAAUAGUAACUUGACUGAACGUAUUUUAUUUUCAGUUAAGUGCUUUAAGUUUCCUUACCACACCGCUUCACCCAAUUCAUUUUUAAAGUGUAAUUGGAACAUGCAUAAAUCAUUUUACAUUUAACACUUGAAAUGCCAUUUUGAUUUUGUUCAAAAUGUAAUUAACAGAAUUUUAAUGUCUUUCAGCAUAGUUUCAACAACUGUGAAGAAAUUUUCAGACAUUAUUUAUAAAAUUUUUAAGAUAAAGUACUAAUUUAAUAAACAUAACAAAUAGCA